GUCUUCCGCUCUCCCUGUUCAACUCAGAAACGUGACACUCAUAUGAUGCGAUCACUAUAAUUUCAAUGACACUAGCCAAAAUUUUCUGUCCUCCUUGUUAUCUCCGCUGAGCACUGAACUCUCAUGCAUAGCAGCAUGACGGAUGUGUCUACAGUUUUCGUCUGUGAUACUCUGUGAUAUCGGUCUACACGGUACACCACGAGGUCUCAGUUAAGCUAUUACUACAGUUUUCCCGACUUGCUUUUUCGUCUACCACGUCCCUGGGCUGUCCCUUCGGUACAACAACCCAACUACUGCUCUCAAUCAACUUCAAGUUCUUCACUAUGCCACUUAGAUUCAUUCGUAUGAAAAAGCCAGGGAUUGAUAUUGACCCUUUGCAAGCAGCAAUCACUACUACGGCUUUCGCCAGGGAUCUCAUGGCAACCAUGCAGUUUCCUCCAGCCAGUGCCGCUGUCUCAGUCUUGCUACUCAUCUUGCAAACUAUCCAGAAUAUUCAAGUUAACAAGUCCGCCUGUGAUCGGUUGGCGCGUCGUGCUGCACAAAUACUAAUUGACAUCGACGAACAAAUACGUGGACGAUACCAUGAAGCUCCGGAAGCACUUCUUAGGAAUUUGGAAAGGUUUGAAAGCACCCUGAUUUCUAUCCAUCAGUUCAUGAGAAAGUUGGCCGAUUCAAAGUGGAGUGAUAGGUUCCUCCGUAAGUCGUCGAUUGACGACGCUCUGGUCGAGUACAUGCGCAUGCUUGACGAGGCAGCGCAGGCUUUUCAGCUCGCUACUCUUAUCAAUAUACACCUCGCCGUGAACUCACUGAGAGGAAGUACAGCUUCGAACGCAACAGCUGAAAGAGUCAUCGAUGCCCCACCUCCGCCUGCCUAUCAUGAGGUUUUGAAUAAACCAGACUCGGUCAUAGAGAUACGAAGCCCAGGGAUCGGCGAUGCAGCUGAGUGUAUAGUUGCUGAAUCCGAUCUUCCGGUGACGGCAGGAGGGGAACCCUUAUCACCACCCGAAAAAAGAUUUACAGAUCAUUAUCUCCCUGCGGAACUGUUAUCAUUGACCCUAGAAGAUGACCAUGGGUUUCGACGAUAUCACCAGUCAGAGGUUAUCUUGCGCGGCCGGUCUCGAUUGCAGAACGGAUGGUGGGCUGGUGCAACGGAAGUCCAGGUACAAGGGCAACGAGCCUUGAUCAAGAAAUACGAUGAUGACAAGGACAAUGCAUAUUCUAAAUGGCUGCGAGACGUCAAGAUGCUGCAGAAUCUUUAUCACCCCAAUUUACCUCAGAUGCUUGGGUUUUCGGAUGAACGAGCCCCGACUCCUUUUAUCUUGCUAGCGAAUGUUCAGACGCAGAGCCCUCAAGCUCUGGUUCGCGAAAUGCUGCGCUCAUCAAGUCUAGGGACCUCGAUAGAGCUCAUGUUGCGUUUUUAUCGCGACCUUGCUGACGCAGCAGUGUACGUCCAGAGACAACUCAGCCUGGAUGAGAAUAAGGUUCAGGAUUUUAUCGAGGCUUCCUCAUUGCGAGUCGAUUCUCUCAAAACUCUUGUGGUUGGUCUGCCGCCUCCUCGGGACGGCGAGUGGUAUACUGCACGAAACUACGGGUUAGCGCAUACACUGCUAGAUGCGUGUUUGCGAAUGUUACCAAACAAUGGGCGCGUCACGUACUCAUAUGACAGAGGGGAAGAAUUUGUGACGGAAGAGAUGCAAAAGAAAAUCAACCACCUCGUCACUUUGGCACGAGCCCUGCUUCCCAGCGGAAGGCAGUCUCCCGUACUCCCAACACAGUUAGAAGCACUGAUUGAAGAAACGGAGUCUAAGACUCCUUCACUGACUCUGCGACAAAUACGGGAUCUCACUUGGAAUUCUGAAGGCGCUCAUGGUCAUACAUGGUAUGAAAAGAACGUGCCGGCUGAUAAAUUUUCUGUCGGUGACAUCGGCUACAUUCCGGUCGAGGGAGACUUUGGAUCCUUCGUUCUUCUCAGCAACGUCAUCAAAGACGGAAAGGCUCCGCUCAGCCUAUCUCAGCGGUCGCACGGCGAGCACUGGUGCUGGGAGCAUAUCCCGAUACACAGACAACCUCUCCAAGCCUACGAGCUACCUGAAGCUCUCGCAGGGUGGCCCGUCGCAGUGCCUCCGUACAGUCAGAUUGAUGUCGUGGUGGUGCAUGAAGCCUAUCUUUCUUGUGUCAAGGAUGCAUGGCAAUAUCUAUUGAGGAACGGCAAGGGCCACGCGGCCGAUGGUGACAUUAGGCCGGAGGAUUUGAUCCUUGUGACCCAUGUUGGAACCCAUCAAGAUUUUUAUGUCAGGGAUUUUCGAUCAAAACCUAUUAUGACGCAAACACAUGUAGCAAAUCUCCAGUUUGCUGCGAAUCAGUUCCAUCACCAAGAUAGGCAUGGCUUUCACCAGCCACUAGGCUUCGGGUUCCAGAACCAUGGCAUUUCGUUCAACCAACCAACCCUUCCUGCGAUAGUUUAUCUAUUAACCUCGUUGGAUGCUAAUCACGAACCAUAUUGGUCGCCUUCCCCAGUGUGUCUGCCAAAAGCGUCACGUCAACCUCUGGCGCGACAUUUCACGACGAAGAUUGGGCGGAAAACUGGGUUUUUGAACUAUGUGCAACUUCACGCUGAGGACUUCGAUAGCACCUGAUACUCGGAACUUGAGGUCCUCUAGACAGAAGAACUUCUUCUGUUCCUGGUGCUUUCGCACACGCGCCAUCGUUCAGUAUUUAUAUAUAUGCAUGUGUUAUGAUUCUUAUUCAUUCCUCAAAGGCUCGAAGAGCUCGAGUCAACCGUUUAACCAUGAUGGUCCUACUUUGACUGUGGACACUAUUUUACAGUCAAUCUGCUUUACGACAUUCACUCUAUGGGCUCUCGUGCUUGUACUUC